CAACAACAACAACAAAAUCACCAACAAAAACAAAUUAUUCGAGUCAACAAUUAUCAUUAUUGUCAUCAUCAUCAUCAUCAUCUUCAUCAUCUUCGUCUUCAUCAUCCGUAUCAUCACCACCGUUGCCAUUUUCACAAUUAUUACCUACAAGCAAUAAUAGUGGUAGUAGUUUAACUGCUACAACAUCACCGGUAAAUAUUUCCGGUGGUGGUAAUAUUGGCCAUUCUCAUCAUUUUGAACAACAACAACAACAUUCACAUCCGUUACAUGGAUCAUCGAACAGCAAUAAUUCAAAUAUUCUCAUCAAUAACAAUGAUAAUAAUAAUAGUGAUGGUAAUAAUCAUCAAUCAUCAUCAUUGAUAACUAUGCAUCAUUCUAAAACACCACCAAUACAGCAACCACCACCACCACCAUUAUCAUCAACAUCACCAAUAUCAAUGAUGGCUACAACAAUCGAUCAACAACAACAACAAUCAAAUAUUACAAUCGAUAGUGGUAGCAAUAUUGAUCAUGAACAUAUAUCACACGUUCAUCAUCAACAUCAUCAUCAUCCACAACAACAACAACAACAACAGCAUCCACAAUUUUCACAUCAGUUACAUUCACAUCCGCAUCUUUCUCAUCAUCUUCAUAAUCAUCAUCAACAACAGCAGCAUCAUCAUCAUCAUUAUCAACAACAGCAACAACAUCAUCAACAACAACAACAACAGCAGCAACAACAGCAAAGAAUUCGUCGUCCAAUGAAUGCUUUUAUGGUAUGGGCAAAAGCUGAACGUAAACGUUUGGCCGAUGAAAAUCCGGAUCUACAUAAUGCGGAUCUAAGUAAAAUGCUUGGUAAAAGAUGGAAAUCAUUAUCACAUCAGGAACGUCGUCCAUUUGUUGAAGAAGCCGAAAGACUUCGUGUACAACAUAUGCAAGAUCAUCCAAAUUAUAAAUAUAGACCAAGAAGAAAAAAGAAUAGUAAACGUAAUGUGACAACAACAACAACAGUAUCAUCAAAUGCACAAUCAUCAUCAUCAACAUCACCAAAAUCGAUUACAAAUCGUAAUAAUGGCCAUAUAAAAAAUUCAAAAAAAUUGAAUCAUUUAAAUUGUAAUACGGAUGAUAAUAAUCUAAUAUCACCAACAUUAUCAUCAACAUCAUCAUCAUCGGCAUUAUUAUAUUCCCAUCAACAACAGCAACAACAACAACAAAUACCAUCAUCACAAUUAAUGGUCGCAACACAUGAUAUGGCCGAUAAUUCAUCCAUUAGUUCACCAUCAUUAGAUUAUGGUGGUGUUCAAACACCCGAUUCAUCACCACAUGGUAGUCCUAUUUCAUCCGCUUUAAAUCCACAAUCCAAUGAUAUAAUCUAUAAUAAUAAUAAUAGAUUUAAUCAACAUUCACCACGUUCAUUUUAUCAUAAUCAUAAUAAUUAUACCGCCAACUCUACCACCGGUCAACAAUUAUCAUCGAUAGGUUCGAUGAAUAAUUCAAUUCAAUCAUCAUCAGGUCGACAAACAACAGCAACAACAUUAGUCAUGAAUGAUCAGAUCUCUUUAACAAAUCCAUUGGAUUAUCCACCACCACCACCGUUAUCAUCAUUAUCUCAACAAGGAAAAGGAAAUUCACGUGAAACAAUAAAAUCUUUACCAACACCGGAACUGUCACCUGUUGAAAAUGAUUUACAUCACUCCAAUCAUCAUCAUCAUCAUCUACUUCACAAUCAACAACAUGGAUACGGGCUACAUACAAGUGGAUCUCAACAUCAUCCUCAUCAUCAUCAUCAGCAUUAUCAUUCACCUAUGAAUGAUUUACAUACAAUGUAUCCGCCAGUACCAUCAUCACAACAACAAUCGAUUUUCCAUCAUAAUCAUCAUACACAGCAACAACAACAACAAUUUCAUCAUGCACAAACAUAUGGUGUUGAUAAUAAUAAUAAAUCAUUAGCGACUAAAUCAUUAGCUAAUAAUGAUAAUGAAUUGAAUAAUUCAAAUCAAAAAUCAUCAACUGAUCCAUUCAAUGAAUUAUUAAAUCGUUUUAGUGGUUCAUCAACAUUUUUACGGAAUGUAUGUCCACCAUAUUCUUAUCGUCAUCAUCAACAGCAACAACAACAAUUAUCACCACCGAAUCAUCAAUCAGAUUCAUCAUCAUCAGCUAUAAACACUGUUGGUGAUGAUCAACGUAAUUGUAGUCCAUAUUCUGGAAUGGAAAAAUCUCCAAUGAAUUAUCCUUAUGAUCAACCACCAGCACAACCAAGAUCAAUGCUACAACAUCAAUUAGAAUUACCAAUCAAUAAUAAUGAAUCAUCAUCAUCUGUAUCAUCAAUUUUGCCAAUAUCAUCAUCAUCAUCAUAUCAUCAUCAUAGAUCAUGGUCAACACCAAUUGAAUCAUCAAUGAUGAUGAAUCAAACAUUAUAUGGUUAUUCAUCAAUGUAUAAUCAUAAUAAUAAUAUAAAAAAUGAAUCCAAACCAGAAUUGUCAAUGUAUACCGGUAAUGUUUAUCAAUCAAAUGAUACAAAUCUUUACUACGGACAAAAUAAUUUCGAAAUCGGUGGUGGUGAUGGUCGUAUUAGCAAUAGUAAUAAUGAUCCAAAUAUUGCAUUCCAUUAUGGUACAAAUAAUAAUAAUAAUAAUAGUCCAGGAUCAAAUCCAAUCAUAUCGAAUGAAUUACAUUCAGAUUUAAUAUCAACAAGUGGUAAUGGUGGAAUGGAUGGUACAGCAACAUCCAUAUCAUCAUCUUUAUUAACAACAGCAACACCAACGACGACACCAACAACAACGAUGAAUAAUUAUAAUCAUUGUGAUUCAUCAAGUAAUUCCGAAUUGAUUGCUGCAUUAGCCGAAACUCGUGAGAUUAUUUCAUAAAAAAA